AUGACUAUGGCCAAGGACUAUCAAGCGGCAGAAAAGGAGCGAAGAACCAAGGAACACGACGAAGCGCUAAGUCGACUGGAGAAAACCGCUGUGCCAGGACCAAGAGGAAAUGGACGCUCGUUGGGUAGCCCUGAAGUUUUGGCGGUCCCGAAUGAUGCUGUAGAGUGUCCACCGAGGUCUCUUUUCGAGAUUGGAGGCAGAGUGUGGCUCUACAUGGGACGCGUAAAACCAGGUCUCACCAAGAAGUUAGCACGUCGGUGGCAUGGACCAUGCCGGAUCAAACGAAAGAUCGAAGAGUUCGCGUACGAGUUGGAGUUGCCAGACAAGAGCGGGUACCGCUUCUACGCAGUUGUGCACGUGUCAAGUCACAAAGCGGUAAACGAGUAUCCAAGUCGACCGAAGACUCGGUUGACGCAAGAUGUAACCGAGGAUAUAAGGUUUGACUUUGAUGAGGAGCUGUUGCCUGAAGAUAGCUGGGAACCAGAUCACCUAGCAGGUGAAUAUGAGGUCGAAGCCAUCCUCGAUGACCGAACGCCACUGUCAACGAGCCCUGAGCGAGCCUUACGAGAGUUCAAAGUCAAAUGGGUCGGCUACGAUGAGCCAACUUGGGAACCGUCAUCUAUCUUGUCUUGUGGAGGCUUGUUGUAUGACUACCUGCCGGCGAAGAAGAGUGAACUCCGGCAGCAGACGGUUCAAGUCGCUGACGAGGAUUAG